AUGAUGAUUGCCUAUCCAGAAACGGAACAAUUUCGUUCAGUGAUUGAAAAGAUCACCAGGAAUCCGUCUCGAUAUAAAAUUGAACAUGGUAAAUCAUUUCCGGUAUUGAAGUUCAUCGGCACAGUCAAAUUACACGGCACUAAUGCAGCGAUCGUUUAUCAGAAAGACUUUGAACAUUAUUGUCAAUCUCGGAAUAACAUUAUUACACCCGAGAUGGACAAUGCUGGGUUUGCUCGCUUUAUGUACUCAUUAGCGAAAAGGUUCCUUAUGGAAAAAGUUCUUCCUGAUUGUCCAGUCUUUCGCAAACAUUUCGAGUGCGGAAACAACAUUGUUAUCUACGGCGAAUGGUGCGGAGGAAAUAUUCAGAAAAAUGUGGCCAUUCAGGGUCUCGCGAGAAUGUUUGUUAUCUUUAAGAUCAGAGUCGGAAAUUCAAAGGCCCCGCUCUGGCUCGAUCCAAAAGAGUGGUCGAAUCUUCGAUGGCCUGAACAGUCAAUCUUCAAUAUUCAUGAUUUCCCCACGUACGAAAUUCCGAUCGAUUUCAAUCAGCCCAAACUUUCUCAAAAUAAACUUACUGAAAUCACCGAAGCAGUCGAACAAGAAUGUCCAGUCGGUGCACAUUUUAAUAGAAACGGCGCUGGCGAGGGCGUGGUGUGGACGGAAUGGACGCAGUCGCGAGGUCUUCUGACAUUCAAAGUCAAAGGAAAAGAGCAUUCGGUGAGAAAAGUUAGCCAGCUUGCAUCGGUCGAGACGGAAAAAUUUACCAGUCUUUUUGAGUUUGUCGAGUAUGCCUGUACGGAAAAUCGCAUGCAACAAGCAGUUGACUAUUUAUAUGAACAACAGUUAACCAUUGAAAUGGAAAAUGUCGAAACGUUUCUGCGAUGGCUCACAGCUGAUAUCAUCAAAGAAGAAUCGGACACAAUGAACGAUUCAAAUAUAAACUCGAAAGAUGUCGGCUGUGCGAUUACCGACAAAGCCACAGCCUGGUUUCAAGAUCAAUUGUACUUGUACGUUGAGCAAUGA